AUGCAGUCCGUCCCAGAAUCACGACAGCAGUCAUUCGAAGAGAUCUACGGACCUCCGGAGAACUUCCUCGAGAUUGAGGUCCGUAACCCCCAGACUCAUGGCACCUCUCGGAACAUGUACACGUCGUACGAGAUCGUGUGCCGGACCAACAUCCCCGCCUUCAAACUGAAACAUUCGGUCGUGCGCCGCCGCUACUCCGACUUCGAGUACUUCCGCGAUAUCCUAGAGCGUGAGAGCACGCGCGUCACGAUACCACCACUGCCGGGCAAGGUCUUUACCAACCGGUUCAGCGACGAUGUCAUCGAACACCGCCGCGAAGGCCUCCAACGCUUCCUUCAAAUUGUCGCUGGACACCCACUCCUCCAAACCGGAAGCAAGGUUCUGGCAAGCUUCAUACAAGGUGGGCGAUUUCCUGUUGAUUGUCACUGGAAAUCGAAUAUACUAAUACGAGUGUAG